UAGAGGAUAACACCGCAGUAAAGCCCCAGCGCCAUGAAUCUCGGUCCUUGUUCGUGCUGCAGGAGGAAACAUUAAACAACCGGUGGAUUGUUGGACUGAAGCUUUUCUAGAUUAAUACUGAUUUCAUCCAGGUAGUAUCAUAGAUAGAUAUCGACACUGUGUGACCAGACUGACCUGAAAAACUGGAGACACCACCGCUGUGUGUACUGUCUUGCUGAUCCAACUGAAGACAUGCAGACGUUCCUAAAAGGUAAACGAGUGGGCUACUGGCUUAAUGAGAAAAAGAUCAAGAGGCUGAACUUUCACACCUUCAUCGAUAUGUGCAGGAAGAGGGGCAUUGAGAUGGUUCAGCUGGACCUAAAUGAGCCUUUGGAAAAUCAGGGUCCCCUGGAUGCCAUCAUCCACAAACUGACCGACCACAUCCUUGAAGCAGACCAGAACAUCACAGAGGCACAACGGCUGGUGCAGAGUGUGCAGGAGUAUAUUGAUGCCCAUCCAGAGACUGUGAUUCUUGACCCUCUUCCUGCUAUCCGCACCUUAGUUGACCGUUUCAAGUCAUACAAACUUAUCCACAAGAUCGAAGAGUGCAUGAAUGAUGAGCGAAUCUGCUCUCCUCCAUUCAUGGUGCUCCAUAGUGAGUGUGGUCCAGAAACAUUAGAGCAGCUUCAUCAAGGUGGAAUCACAUUUCCCUGCAUUUGCAAAACACAAGUAGCACAUGGCACCAACUCACAUGAGAUGGCCAUCAUCUUCAGUGAGGAGGAUCUGAAGGACAUUAGGCCUCCCUGUGUAAUCCAGAGCUUUAUCAAUCACAAUGCUGUGCUUUACAAAGUCUUUGUUGUUGGAGAGGCCUACAGCGUGGUCGAGAGGCCCUCCAUCAGGAACUUUCCCUCUGGACCAACAGACAGAAGAGCCAUAUCCUUCAACAGCCAUAAUGUGUCCAAGCCAGAGUCCUCAUCAGAUCUGACCUCUAGGGAGAACCUAGAGGGUCAGUGCUGGACACCCAAUGACGAUGUGAUUAAGAAGAUUUCCAGCUGUUUGAGACGAACUCUCGGUGUGUCUCUGUUUGGGAUCGACAUCAUUAUUAACAACCACACAGGCCAGCACGCUGUCAUCGACAUUAAUGCAUUUCCAGGUUACGAAGGAGUCCCAACGUUUUUCGAUGACCUGCUGACUCACGUCACCAGCAUCCUGCAAGGUCCAAGUGGGUCCUGCACCCCCCUGAGAGCUCAUGGUAUAAGUCAGAGCUCUCCGGCAUCCUGUAGCAUUCCCCACAGCAUGCUGGGAAAUGAAGGCAGUUGUUGGACGGUAGACAGUGACAGGAUGAAGAAGGGUUCCCAUCAGGCUUUGAACUGCUGUAAUGCUGACCUCGGCUCCAGCUACCACCAGCACUGCAGGUCCACACUAGCGGCCGAGGCUUCGUCACAGUGACCCUGUGCAUCACUUCACUGAAUCAGCCACUUCCUAACCGAUCGAAUAGCUCUACUCUCAGCUCAGAGGGAGCAGAAGAAGUUUAAUAGUAAUAUAUGAUCAGUAGUGUGUAGCUAAUGACCAAAGAUGUUUUCUUGAUAUUGAAGGAAAUCGUUUUAAGAUAUUUAUGAUUUCUUUCCAGCAUUUUGCACUGGACUUUUUUUAAAUUAAGGUGCCUUAUGAAUGCAUGUGAAAUGAUCCACAAUGCUGGUGGGGGUAAUUAAGGUAAAUACAUCACUCAGCUAGACAAACAAUAUGAUCCUGCUGCUGGCAGGUGAGAUAUAAUGCCCUUUUAGCAUGCCAUCUAUGAUACUGGUUGGAAAAAGGCCAUUAUAGGUAAAUCAGUUACAGUUCUGACUCUAUUUUUUUUAGCAUCUGCACAGUUUAUGUUUAAAUCAGUCACACAACAGAAUAUAAGAUGCUGUAAAUACAGAUACAAUUAGUCAACCAUUUGGAAUAAUGGGAUUUUCUUAAUGAUUCACAAUACAAUCUGUGUGGUAAAGCCAUAAAUAAACCCUUAUUGUUCAUUUUCACUCUUUUGGCAUUGUCAGUGGUUUGUUUUCUAAUUUAUUGUGAGGUACUACCAGCACUGUUUUUUGCCAUCCUGGACCAAGAGGAUAUUGAUGAUAUUGAUAUUGAUCAGUUGUUUAUCACUCAGGUUUUUGGAAAUAAAGCUUUUAUAGGGUUUAUGUGUAUCUACUAUUCUCAUUAAGUCUCUAAAAAUUGGGGCAUGGUUCACGGACAAAAAGAUUUGGCUGGGGAGAAGUGAGACUCAGAUUUUGUGUCCUUUUUAAGACAGGGAUUAUUAUUAAUUAAAGACAUUAGCCUUCUUGGAUCAUGUAUUAUCAAUGUUUUUUUUCAUAAAGGAAUAAAAAAGCCAAUUCUUUUUUGUGCAAUGUAACUAAUAAAUCCAGAUCAUUUUAAAGGUUAACAAACGUUUUUCAGGUAGCUGUAUAGAUACUUAUGGUGGCUGUAUUGUGAGAUAAGAGUCAGUUUGCUGCUUUAUAUGAAAAAACACAACUCUAGUCCUCCACACACUAAGUUUUUAUAAGAUAAAGUGAGAUAAUCUGUGUUGCUUUAGCAUUCUGGGUAUUGAGAAGCACUUUUACUCUUUUAAAUUGUAAUUACUAAGAUUCACUACAUAACCAAAAUUAUAUGGACACCCCUUCUAAUUCUUCUAAUUCUUGGCCCUUAUUUCUAGUGGUGUAUAUUUUAGUGCUGCAAAAUAUAUUAACAUUUAGAAAAUCCUGGGCUUUUAAUUGUUUGGCAACCAUCAAGAAGAGUCUCAGUAUGAUUGUGACAUACGUACAAAGCAGACACUAUCAAGAAAUGCAGUGUUUUGGGCCGCUCACGUGGCGCAGCGGUAAAAUACGCUAGCACACCAGAGCUGGGAUUUCGAAUACACCUGGCUGGGCGGCCACAUCCAGGUAGGGAGCCGGAUAGGGACCUCAUAACUGAUGCAAUUACGACCUCUGCUGGCUGAUUGAUGCCGUCUGCACAGAGUAGAGGAAUAAUGCCGAUCAGGGUGUGGCUCUCCAUGCACAAGGCUGAUUGGCAUGAGAACUCGCUUUGUGCACUUAAACUUUAGUUACUGUAUGAAAUAAAGACCUAUGGCAUAUUACUGCACAUAAGCACAUAUAGAUGUCAUACGGGUGUCCACAUAUUUUUGGCUUCAUAUGUUUUCCAUUGACAAUUCCUACACACUUGUAUAACUGAGUUUGUUAGCCUUCUAGGUGCAUUUUGACUGCUGUGUUGUGGUGUCUGUAAAUACUGUACACUGUGUGUUUGUGGAUUUGUUCAUUUUGGCACACACUUAAUGAACUGUUGAAGUUUUCCUUGAAAUUCCAUAAAACAAGGGACCAAAGAA